AUGACAAUCUCACCACUACCCACGAUCACCUUGAAAGUCCCAGCGAAAAUCAAUCCCCAAAUUCGUGUUGGGCCACUUCGACAAGAUGGAUAUCACGAUAUCACAUUGGCGUAUCAAGCCAUCUCACUCUAUGACACUUUAACAAUUUCACACAACCUUGAGGGUCCUACAAUCCACGUCACUGGCAUGGACAGUGAUCGUGUUCCACACGAUGAGCGAAAUCUAGUCAUCAAAGCAGCAAAUUUGCUGGCAGCUCGUGAGGGAGUUGAACCUCGGUUGCAUUUUGAACUGGCUAAAUGCAUCCCUUCGGAGGCUGGGUUGGGAGGUGGAAGUGCGGAUGCCGCAGCCGCUUUAGUUGGAUGCAAUAUAAUUUGGAAAUCGAAUCUCACGCCCGGUGAACUCAUGGAUCUGGGGGCCCAUAUUGGUGAAGAUGUACCAUUCUUCAUAGAAGGCAUGAUGGCAAUUGGUCUGGGUCACAAAAGGCCAUUGAUCAGGCUGGAGACAGUAGAGUACAAGUGGACCUGGGUGCUUGGUGUACCCUACCGGGGCUUGUCAACAAAAGCGGUCUUUCAAGAGUAUGACAGGAUCCUGGAACGGACAUCGUCUGGGGAAGAGGAUUAUCUUAUAAGGCGACAAGGGUGCCUUGAGACUUCAUGGGGAUCUUGUCCUCCAGAGGAGCUGCUGGAUGCCCUUGAAAACGAUCUUGAGUUGCCUUCCAUGCAGUUAUUACCGGAUAUCAGAAUUGCCCUUGAAGCUGGGAGGUCUGCAGGUGCGAUUGCGAGUUUGAUGAGCGGAUCUGGAUCAACUUGUGCCUUCUUGGCCAAGAGUGAAGGUCAUGCCGGGCUUUUAAAGGAGGAAAUCCAGAGAAACGAAGUCUUCAGGGAAGUGAUGGUAGCUUCGGGCCCUGUGCAAGGGGUCGAGCUCCUAGAGACUGGGACCUAG